AGUCUUGGAGGUGCUUGUGCACACUCUUGAGUUUAUGCCGUUGUGGAAGAGUUCUAAGGCCAGGCAGAAUAAAUAAUAAUUAGCCUUACUCAGUUAUUGUUGUUGUUCCAGCCGUCUGCGUAAAAGCUCCUCAUGUCCUGAACGUGAAAAAACAAGCACAAAACCCCAGUGACUUGCCAAGGUCAAACAGAUUCUGUGGAGAGGUGGAAAUAGAAUUACUAUCUCCUGCCUCUGUUCUUGUUCUUGGUGUAGUUAUGGGCUGUUUGCUGGGUUUUGACAGGUGACAUCAUGUUGUCUCUCCCAACUGCGGCCGUGAAAGCUGGUCAGGAGAAAUCAGACUUCCUUAGGUUUUUCAUCUGCAUAACAGAAAGGAAAUUUGGAGAGCGACCUCAACCGAAACGGCUCACAAGGGAAGCAAUGCGAAAUUACCUGAAGGAGCGAGGUGACCAAACAGUGCUAAUACUCCACGCGAAAGUUGCGCAGAAAUCAUAUGGAAAUGAAAAAAGGUUCUUUUGUCCUCCUCCAUGUGUGUAUCUCAUGGGCAGUGGAUGGAAGAAAAAAAAAGAGCAAAUGGAGCGGGAUGGUUGCACUGAGCAGGAGUCACAACCUUGCGCCUUUAUCGGGAUAGGAAACAGUGACCAAGAAAUGCAGCAGCUGAACUUGGAAGGAAAGAAUUAUUGCACUGCCAAAACAUUAUACAUAUCAGACUCAGACAAGAGAAAGCACUUCAUGUUAUCGGUAAAAAUGUUCUAUGGCAAUAGUGAUGACAUCGGUGUGUUCCUCAGUAAACGGAUCAAAGUCAUCUCCAAACCCUCUAAAAAGAAACAGUCACUGAAAAAUGCAGACUUAUGUAUUGCAUCAGGGACAAAAGUGGCACUAUUUAAUAGACUUCGAUCCCAAACAGUUAGCACCAGAUAUUUGCACGUAGAAGGUGGUAAUUUCCAUGCCAGUUCACAACAGUGGGGAGCAUUUUACAUUCACCUGUUGGAUGAUGAUGAAUCAGAAGGAGAAGAAUUCACAGUGAGAGAUGGCUACAUUCACUAUGGGCAGACUGUCAAACUUGUGUGUUCAGUUACUGGCAUGGCACUCCCAAGACUGAUAAUUCGAAAAGUAGAUAAACAAACGGCAUUAUUGGAUGCAGAUGAUCCAGUAUCACAGCUCCAUAAAUGUGCAUUUUACCUUAAAGACACUGAGAGAAUGUAUUUGUGCCUUUCCCAGGAGAGAAUAAUCCAAUUUCAAGCCACUCCAUGCCCAAAAGAACCAAAUAAAGAAAUGAUUAAUGAUGGAGCUUCUUGGACAAUCAUUAGCACAGACAAAGCAGAAUACACAUUUUAUGAGGGGAUGGGUCCAGUCCAUGCUCCAGUGACACCUGUGCCUGUUGUGGAAAGUCUUCAAUUGAAUGGUGGUGGGGAUGUAGCAAUGUUGGAACUUACAGGACAGAACUUCACUCCAAAUUUACGUGUCUGGUUUGGGGAUGUGGAAGCUGAAACCAUGUACAGAUGUGCAGAGAGCAUGCUGUGUGUUGUUCCAGACAUUUCUGCGUUUCGAGAGGGUUGGAGGUGGGUCCGACAGCCAGUCCAGGUUCCAGUAACUUUGGUCCGUAAUGAUGGCAUAAUUUACUCCACCAGCCUUACCUUUACAUACACACCGGAACCAGGGCCACGGCCACACUGCAGUGCUGCUGGAGCAAUCCUCAGAGCCAACUCAAGCCUCAUGGCCUCCAGUGAAACAAACACAAACAGUGAGGGAAGUUACACAAGCGUCAGCACAAACCCCACCAAUGUCACAUCGUCUACGGCAACUGUAGUUUCCUAA